AUGGAAUCUGUGCGGCUGGCAUUGGCCUUUGUGCCACUUGAUUUAGAGGUUGCAUUUCUCCUGGAAAGGCAAGGAGACACAAAGAAAAAAGGAAACGAGACCCCAAUUUCCGAGGAACCGGAGCUGCGCAUCAUCCUUGUGGGCAAGACGGGCGCAGGGAAAAGUGCGACAGGGAACACCAUCCUUGGGAAGGAGUACUUUGAGUCCAGGCUUGAAUUCACCUCCGUAACCAAGUCCUGUGAGCUGGGAAUUCGGGAUUGGGAGGGAUCACGGGUUAUUGUCAUGGACACACCUGCCAUUUUUGAAGCUGAUGCGCCCCCAAAUUGCCCUGAGGUCCAGCGCUGCCAGAGUCUCUCCCGGCCUGGUCCCCAUGCCCUGGUGCUGGUGUCCCAACUGGGCCGUUUCACAGAGGAGGACCACCAAGCCACAAAGCGGGUCAAGAAGAUAUUUGGCCCCGAGGCACAAAAGUACACCGUCAUUGUGUUUACACACAGGGAAGAGUUGCGGACCGUCACCCUGGAAGAGUAUAUUGCCCAGUCCGAAAACAAGCACUUCCAUGAUUUGAUCAAGGCAUGCGACAACCGAUACUGCGGCUUCAACAACAACGAAGAGGGAGAGAAGCAGGAGGCACAAGCUCAAGAACUGCUUCGAAAAAUUCAGGAGAUGGUGCAGAGCAAUAAAGACAAGCCCUACCUCGCUACAGGUGGAGAUUCACAAUCAUCCGCAAAGAAAAUGAAAGGAGAGACGGGAGAAUCAGGCGGGACUGACGUCUAAAGCGCAGGCCCUGCAAGAACAAGGGCCAGGGGUCUCUUUUCAGAAAUGCAAAGCUCUCCGAAUGAAGGUUGGGGAGAUAUUGCACCGCAUGCUUUCUCUCUGCUGAAAUUUCCUCUUGCAAUUUCUGUCUAAGCAUCAACAGGGUUUAGAAAUAAUUAGAUCACCAACUCACGAACCUUUUAGGUUUCUGGAUUGAUGUAGAAGUUCUUCUGACACUUUUCUGAGUGAUUGGUUUUCAACCACAAAAUUCAUUAGACUCGGUGGCUCUUCCUCUCGCAGAUUUAGCAAAAUUGAAUCAAAACUGGAGGUAACGUUCCCCAAUGUGUUCUUUUGGAGAUGAGAUGGGAGUUCAACUGGAGAGCGGGAGUUGGGGAACC